AUGAAAGCCUUCAGUCUUCUCUUGGCUGUGCUUUUUCUGUUCUGGACACCUUCUGCUGAGCUCAGGACUCUCCGUUUGGGAAGCUGUGUGAUCACCGCAAACCUCCAGGCCAUUCGAAAUGUAUUUUCUGAGAUUCGGGACAGCGUGCAAGCCAGAGACGAGAACAUUGACAUGAGAAUCUUAAGGAACACGGGAUCUUUGCAAGACACAAAGCCUUCAGAUAGAUGCUGCCUCCUCCGUCAUUUGCUGAGACUCUACUUGGACAGGGUAUUCAAAAACUACCAGACCUCUGACCACCAUACCCUACGGAUAAUCAGCAAUCUCGCCAAUUCCUUUCUUACCAUCAAGAAGGACCUCGGGAUUUGUCAUGAUCAUAUGACAUGCCACUGUGGGAAAGAAGCAACAGAGAAAUACAGACAAAUUCUGCAUCACUUUGAAGAGCUUGAGCCUCAGGCAGCAGUAGUGAAGGCUUUGGGGGAACUAAACAUUCUUCUGAGAUGGAUGGAGGAGAUGAAAUAA